AUGUUGGGCAAAAAUGUGGAAAACGUGGAGAACGAAAGAAAUUGGAAGGGCGACUGGGAUACCAAAAUGGCGGCCGACGAAGAACUUCUUGAAGAAGGGCGGAAGAAGGACAAGGGAGGAGGAGGGAAACUGAUAUUUUUAAUGGCUGCGGCGUCUAAAGCCACUCUCAUGUAUUUCGGUUUACACGUUCUCGCCGCCAUUGCUGGAAAAGCUCUCGUCGUCGCCAAAGUCGCCCUUGCGAUCGCCACCGCGAUCGUCCUGAAGAAAGCUCUGGCUCACGAGGAAAAGACAUCGUACGAGAUCAUUAAGCAUCCUCAUCACAGCUUCAUCCAAACGCACAGCUCCAGUGUGGAUUACGACCACCAUGACCAUGGGUUUGAAGAAAGCGGACAUCGCAGAAGACGUCGACGAACCAGAAGAUAG